CCUGCAGCCGCCCGUCAGCACGCGUGCGGAGGGCGAGGAGCGGCCGGGCUCUGUCUGUCUCUGUCUCUCUGUCUCUGUCUCUCUCUCUCUCUCUCCGUCUCUCCCUAGGAUUUAUGGACUUUACUUUCUAGAGGGCGGCGCGGCAAGGAUGAGAGUCCAGCUGGUGUGCGUGGUGCUGCUGGCCCUGGCCUCCUGCAGCCUCUGCUCAGAUUCAGAAGAGGAAAUGAAAGCAUUAGAAGCAGAUUUAUUGACCAAUAUGUACACAUCAAAGAUUAACAGAGCAAAACUUCCUUACUGGAAAGUGACCCUGCUAAAUGUCUGCAAUCUUGUCAACAACAUAAACAACCAAAUGGGGGAAACAGUAGAGGUAGAUGAGGAGGAUCUGGUUCCAGGAAGACAGUUCCCUGCCGCUCUGGAUGGCUUCAGCUUGGAAGCAAUGCUGACAGUAUAUCAACUCCAAAAAGUUUGCCACAGCAGAGCUUUUCAGCAUUGGGAGUUACUACAGCAAGAUGCUUUUGAUCUGGAGAACUCAAGCCAAGAAAAAGAAAUCAUGAAGAGAAAAAAUCCCUAUAUUCUGAAACGGCAGCUACAUGUGAACAAAGCUAGAAGACCAUACAUACUCAAGAGAAGUUCAUAUUACUGAUGCAGCAGAAGAAAACAAUGUAUAUUUAGUUCAUAGGUAACUGUGCAUUAUGGUUAUCUUAUCUAAAUCUAAAAUCAUACUUGUGUGAAAAUAUACUCUGGAAAAUCAAGAUGAUAACAUAGCUGUGUCUUUUUUGCAAUUGCUGUUUCUUGAUUGUGGAUUUUUCCUACUUGAGAUAAUUGGACUAAUACAUUUGUGAAUAAAAUUAGUUUUUAAGCAUGA